CAAACUUGACUUUAAACCAGCUCUGUGUUUUAGUUUCCGUCUGAAUCUGUGCUAACAUGGCUGAUUCCAUCUGUACAUUAAUCCUGCUGUUAUCCCUGCUAUCCGUUGUGUAUGGUGAAGGUUUUGCACUGGCACCAAGUGAACCUGUUCCAACCCCCUGUAAUGACAAAGCAGUGGAGAAGCUGUCUCGUCUGGCUGUCACUUACAUCAAUGAAGAUCGCAACGAUGGCUAUAAGUUUGCCCUCAACCGCAUUGCAAAUGUCCACCUGCAUGCUCAGGGCCCAGCAGGCAAUGUGUAUUAUCUGGACCUGGAUGUCCUGGAGACCAAGUGUCACAUAGGCAGCCCAAAACCAUGGAAACGUUGUGACGUCAGACCAUUCAUGGAGACGCAAAUCUCCGGCAACUGCAACACAACCAUUCUCCACACACCAGAGGGCUACUCCUACCUGUACAGCUACGACUGCACUCUAAUGCCAGAUCCCCCAGGGAAGCUCCAGCAGAUCUGUCCAACCUGCCCCCUCCUGCUCCCCACGGACAGCCCCCAGGCCAUGAGCACUGCUCAGGUCACUCUGACGUCCUAUAAGAGACAGUCCAAACUUCGUGCAGGACUUGGUGUGAAGAGGAUCACCAGAGCUGCAGCCCAGGUUGUGCCAGUGAAAGCCAGCUUUGUGGAGUACACAGUCCAAGAGUGUCCAGAGGGGGUGACAGAAAGAGGCACCUGCCAGCAUCUGACACUCAACUCUGACACAGAGACUGCAGGUUUCUGCGCAGGAUCUGUGCACGGAGACAUCAACACCCAUCCUGACGUUCAGGUGUCCUGUGAGAUGUUCAAAGUACAGAAUGUGGACAUCCUCAGACCACUGCAGCCGCAGGUUCACGACCUCCCCCAAGACCCUGUGAGCCCAACCUUCCCUGCUCUGAUCGAUGACCCAGGAAAAGAUCCAGAGCCUGUUCCCUCUGACCCAACAUCGCUCCCUGCUGUUCAACCAGCGCCAUUUGACCCCACACCCAUUCACCCUGUGCCAUAUGACCCCACACCCAUUCACCCUCUGCCCUUUGACCCCUCAGUUGUGGUUAACCCGUCUAACCCCCUCACCUCCUCUUCCAGUGAGUCCUUUGAAGGGUUAGUCAACCAGCAACAACAACCACCAGUUGCUGGGCCAUUUGAUUCAUCCUCAGAAGAGAUUGGAGGUCCAGUAGCGCUGCGUCCACCCUUUAACUUCCGCUACCAGAGGCGUGACCGCAAGAAACGGCAGGCCUUGAUGCAGACUUCACCCUCGCACAACCCUGUCUUUCUGUCUGAUUUCCCUGGUGGGCUCUCUCCUUUUCGCUCCUGUCCUGGUCCGGCUCGAUACACCACAGUUUAACUGGUGCUGCUUAGGAGUCCAUUUGUUCAUCUUUAAUUUAUCCACUGAGACAGCAGCCCCAGUAAACUGCUGUGCUCCCUGUCGCUGGAGGCCUGUAAUAAUUUGUGCUAAUGAGAGGAAUACUAUCUCUUUUUCACUAGCCCUGAAAUGACCUCUCUGCUGCAACUGUUGCACUGCUCCCAAAGCAGCCAUUGCUUAAACCAUAUGUAUUUGAAAAUGGCUUCAAACAUUUGAACAAUUUGAAUAAAUCUUGGUUUUAAUCCUCUGACAACUACUUGGAAAACUUAUAGACUUGAGAUAACAGUCUGACAAUACUUACAGUAGAUAUUUUGGUGGUAUAAAGUCAUACAAUUUUGCUGAAUAUUUAAGGGAUGAAAAAUGCUUAUUUGAUUUCUCUAUUAGCCAAAAGUUGUUUUUGUUAUCAAUGAAUUGUUGUAAAGAAAUUCAUAGGACAAAACAAACACCUGCUAUAAUUCCAGCUUCAUAAAUGUGAUGGCUUUCUGCUAUUUGUGUGAAGUGGGACAUUUGAACACAUCACUUUGGGCUCUCGGAAAUUGUGAUGGGCAUUUUUUUUUAAUAUUUUCUGACAUUUUGUAGUUUAAAUGA